GAGCCAAGAUCUAUAAUUACUGCCGGGAGAUCCUGAAAGAUGAUUUAUUUGAGACAUUAGAAUGCCCAGCUACUUCAAAUGGGCUGUCUUUGCUUCCAUUGCUGUGUUGAGCUUUGUGUCUUUUAUCUUGAUCCUUGUUGCAAUGAGCACCCAGAAAUGGAUGACUGGAAAAAUCCUUUGCAAAACAGGAGCUGAGCUGGUGAAUGCCACAGACCCAGAGCUAGUCAAAUUCAUGGGGGAAAUUUACUACGGACUCUUUGGAGGUGGCAAAAUACGCCAAUGUGGGUUAGGUGGGCGGCGAUCCAAAUUCACAAUAUUUCCGCACCUGGUGAAGAAGCUGAACACAGCUCUCCAUGUGGCAAUUAUCCUUUUCCUCUGCGUGGCGUUUUCUUUUGCUCUGGUCAGUUUGGGAUUCUGCAUAUUCAACAUAAUUAAAGUUCCCUAUCGGGCUAUUAAAGGUCCAGCUGGAAUCGCCUUGUGGAACGUCAUUGCAGGUGGCUUUGCAGUGCUGGGCAUGACGAGCUUCAUGGCUGCCGUCAAACUGCACAAUCUGACAGAAAGGAUUGCCAAUUUCCAGGAAAACGUCUUCCAGUUUGUAAUCCUGGAAGAACAGUAUGAACACUCUUUUUGGCUUUGCGUGGCAAGCGCAACCAUUCACGGUGUGAACUUGCUACUAGUUGCCAUCAGCACAAUUCAUUUCCCUAAGCGGAAGACAAAGACAGAAGAAGCAAAUGUUGCAGCCGAAGACAUCAUGUACUGA